AUGGCCGUCGUCGUUGUGCUCUCCUGCUGUGGUUUGGUGGUGCCACGAAUAUCGUUUCGCUGCUUCCGCGUGGCUACACCCGUGGCAAUUUCGUGGCGCCUGCUCGGCAAGUGCGAGAACGCGGCAGACGGCACCCAUGACCAUCCCCGGCCACUUCCACAGGCACCAAUUAUGGCUUCGCAGCACGAACAUCUGUCUGCGACGGCCAGGACAGUUUCUCGACGAUGUUCAAAGCUAUCACGGCUCCGCAGGGAGGCUGUGCAGGUGCGAGACCGGAUCAGCUACACAUCAAAGAACAUCUGGAACCAGCGGAAUCAUGUUCGUACAGCCCAGCAACAGCUCGUAGACGACAUGUCCAACCUGGUGCAGAGCCUUGCGACGGAACUUGAUGGGAACUAUAGCCGCGAGCUGGACAGACUGCAAGGCCUGAGCCAUGAACUACGAUCAAAUCAAGAUGAUCUCGAACAGCACAUUAUCAGUCUUCGAGCUGACGAAGAUUUAUUGUCGCAAAUUGAGUACAGAAUGGAGGCGAAAGAAGAGCGGCUACGUAAAGCGUCAUCACAGCUUGUCAAGGUCAUCAAGUCAUCGCUGCGAGACGAUGCUGAAGAACCUGGCGGCACAACAGAAGACUCAAACUCUGUGCGAUCGGGUAUGCAAGCACCGACCAGAUACGCAUUCACAAUGCACCCAAAACAAGAAGAGUACUACAGCCGGGUCGCCGAUGAAGGCAUGAUGCUGGAGCGCUUUCAGCGUGUGAAAGAGGAGUAUGAUUCGGAGCGUGCAUCUCGUGAUUUACUCCGAGAUCAAGGAAGAGAACCGGAAAUGACCGACGAAGACUUUGAGCUGCAAGCGAGGAUCGAAGUCUUGCAUGCUGUCGAGGAUUGUGAUAGAGCAACCGAGCUGGUCGAGGCGACCAAGAAAGAGUGUUUUGCGCUUGAUCUAGACCUCGGGACCGUGGUCGGACUUGCAGACACUUGGGACGAGGCAGUCGUAGAUGACAAUGCAGUUCCCUCAGAUGAAGGGUCUUCGCCCGCCAUGAGUGGUGUUCAUUUACCGGGCCAUAUAUCUCCACGGCCUGACCCACUACGACAGUUGGGAUAUUCGACCGCGUUUGGCACGUCAGCUGAGCCCGCACUGCGACAGCCAUCAUCGUCUGCGAAGGCCGAUCAAAUUGGGCAAUGGAUCGAGAUCAUUCGCGAGCAGGCCUCGGAUGCUGAGAUCGAUCCGUCCCAACAGUCACCACAUCAGAGUGCCCAUUCUGGCGACGUUGAAACCGACGUUUUCUCACCAGCGCAAAGUGUGCUCCGCUCGAGGGAGUCCGAAGCGCUUGAACAGAAGAUCAUGCCAGCCACAGAGCCUUCUUCCCUGGAGCUACAAGGAGCACCGAAUCCCCAGAUCGUCUUGCAACCGUCCGACACAAUGGUCUACUCUGAUGAGAUUGCAAUAGUCCAACAGAGCAUUGCAGCUGAAGCAUUAACACUGCCGGCGAAAAGGAAUGAGUUCUUCAUCGAUCCGGCCUGGAACAUGUCGCGGAGGCUAUCUGGAGAGUGCAGAGAGACCGUACCAUCUCCACGUAAUCCCGCGGCAAGUCAUUCACAUGGACAUCUCUCGCCAAAUCGGCCAAGGAGCAAGUCCGAUGGCAAUGUACCACCCAAGCCACGACAGGACUCCCACCAAGACCAACCGAACGAGCAGCUGAGUGACCACGAUUCUCGUGCGAAACGACUUUCGACCGACCGCGUCUAUUCGCUUCCUUCCACUUCCCUUGUAUAA